AUGGUUGGUGCAUCAUGGUUUCGAACACUAUGGAAGAUUCAACGGAAGGAUGAUGCUCAUUCUGAAAAAGCCGUGAUUGGAAUAUUAGCAUUUGAAGUUGCAAGCUUGAUGUCCAAGCUUGUUAACUUGUGGCAGUCUUUGAGUGAUAAACAGGUUGCUAAGUUGAGAGAAGAGAUAACAAAUUCAGUGGGUAUCAGAAAGCUUGUUUCAGAAGAUGAGAAUUUCAUUGUACGUUUAAUAAGUCUAGAGAUGCUUGAUAAUAUGGCACAUGUGGCUGAAUCUGUGGCUAGGCUAGGGAAAAAAUGCAGUGAUCCAAGUUUGAAAGGUUUUGAGAAUGCCUUUGAUGAAUUUAUCACUUUUGGUUUUGAUCCAUAUCGGUGGGGAUUCACUUCCAAGAAAAUGGAGAAAAAGGUAAAAAGGAUGGAAAAAUUCAUAUCAACUAAUGCAACUUUGUAUCAAGAGAUGGAAUUGCUUGCUGAUCUCGAGCAAACUCUUGGAAGAAUGAAGGCUUACACUGAGUCAGAUGGACCAAAUUUAAUUGACUAUCAAAAGAAGGUUGCAUGGAAGAGACUGGAGGUGAAGAACUUAAAGGCUAGUUCUCUAUGGAACAGAACAUAUGAUUACACGGUACUCUUUUUAGCAAGAUCUGUAUUUACAAUAUUCAGUAGGAUCAACAAUGUAUUUGGCAUUCAAGAGAUAAUAGAUGUUGGUAAAACCAAAAAUCGAAGUGCUUUAAAUUCUGAUCAUGCUAAUGGCAGUCGAUCAGUUUCUGAAUCAUUGCGUCCUUCAGUCCAACCCUCCAGCAACGUUCGAGCCACGUUUGCUUCAGGACCCCUUGGUGCUUUUGCUGCUACAUCUCGUCAAAAUGUUCGAACAAAGAAAGCUAGCAUGUUUCCUUCAGAUGCUGGAGACUCGUCCACAAAGUCAGGCCUAAUUUCAUCAAAGAAUAGAAGUAUCAGAUUUUUCUCAGGUCCUCUUGGAAGAAAUUCAAAAAAGCCUGUCCCAGAUAAUGGAACAAAUAAAAACAGCAAGAUUUGGAAGUUUCAUGGCCACUCAACUGAUGUAAGUGGGAAAGAAAUUAACGCAAGACAUAGUCGACUGACUCAAGUAGAACCUUUCAAAGGAUCUAUGCUGGCGGACAGUUCUUUGGUCAUUGAUAGACACUCAAGCGCAGAUGAUGUUCAUUUAGCAUCACAGGAUCCCAAUGACCCUAAGGCAAACCAUGUAACUCGUGGAAAAGAGGUUCAUAGCCCUCAAUCAACUUUCCGUUACCUAUGCAGGUUAAAGCCUCCAUCUGAAUCCCUUGGUACUGCUUCUUUAGCCCUGCACUAUGCAAAUGUUGUUAUCAUGAUUGAGAAGCUAGCAACAUCUCCAUACUUGAUUGGUCUUGAUGCAAGAGAUGAUCUGUACAACAUGUUACCGAGAUGUGUAAGAGCUGCUAUUAGCAUCAAGCUAAAGCCAUAUUCCAAGGCCAUGGCCUCAGCAGUGUAUGACGCAAGUCUAGCAGAUGAAUGGACCGAAGCAAUGACGGGUAUAUUAGAAUGGUUAGCCCCACUUGCUCACAACAUGCUAAGAUGGCAAUCUGAGAGAAGUUAUGAGCAACAUUGCUUUGUUUCCCGGACAAAUGUGCUGCUGGUGCAAACCCUUUACUUCGCAAGUCAAGAAAAAACAGAAGCAAUAAUCACUGAGCUUCUUGUGGGUCUGAAUUAUGUGUGGAGAUAUGCUAGGGAGCUCAAUAGAAAAGCUCUGCUAGACUGUGGCAAUGGUGGGGUAGAUACUGGAUAUUCUCAACUGAAUAGAUAA